GUAAAACUCCCAUUUGAUAACAGUCAUGGAUCUGACGAAUUGGAUACCAGAAUUGAAUGUAAUUGCCCAGCAAUAAUCAACGACGUUAUGAAACUGCAAUUGGGACCUUUACCCCGAAAAGAGUUCAGAUGGCUCGUAAAUGACAUGGAUGUCUCUGAAAAGUGGCAUCUCUUCAAGGAGGAGUUAUUGAAAUUAGCAAAGAGGGAUAAUCUUUUCGUGGAAGUCACAUCCAGCAGAUAUUCGCCUAAAAUAAAAGAAAUCACGAGAGAUGCUGUUUCAGAACUACAAAUUCUGGCAGUUUGCCGUUCUUAUGGAGAACGCGACAUUUUGAAGGUUAUAAGAAACAUAUAA